AUGUCGGUUCCUCGAUUGGAGUUGCAAGCCGCAGUUAUCGGAGUUCGCCUGAUGAAAUCGAUUCAGGAGAACCACACUCUGCCGUUUGUCCGGCGUGUGUUCUGGAGCGAUUCAAAAACAGUUCAAUCGUGGCUUCACUCAGACCAGCGGAAGUACCAGCAGUUCGUGGCCUACCGAGUUAGCGAAAUAUUGAACGAGACGAAGCCGGAUGAAUGGAGGUGGGUUCCAACGCGACUCAAUGUGGCGGAUGAAGCCACGAAGUGGGGUAAAGGCCCAAGUUUUCAAGCCGAUAGUCGAUGGUUCAUAGGUCCUGAAUUCCUCUAUGAAGCUGAAUCUGGUUGGCCGAAACAGGAGUUUUGUCCACCGGACACCUUGGAAGAAAUGCGAUCUGUGCACGCUCACCAUCGGGCGAAUGCGGAGUAUCUUAUCGAUUACCAGCGAUUCUCGAAAUUUCAACGACUUCUUCGGACGAUAGCCUACAUUCUUCGCUUCAUUAAUCGUUGUCGCAAAAAAUCUUCUCUCGAAAUAACCAGUGCUGACAUACUCUCUAGAGAAGAAUUUGUGAAAGCUGAAGUCGUGUUAUGGAAGUUGGUACAGUCUGAACAGUACCCUGAGGAGAUUGCGAUAAUUCGCAAAAACAAGCAAUGUCCACCGGAAGAUGCCAAACGUUUGGCAAGAAGUAGCUCCUUGCGUAAGCUUACAUCCUUCCUAAACGACAUUAUGUCACCGAGUUGCUUAUUGAACACUACCAUCAACGGUACGCCCAUGGCUAUGGAGAAACGGUGGCUAAUGAACUACGUCAAAGUUACCACAUUCCCAACUUAA